AUGCAAUUCAAAAAGUCCUCAAUCGUUUCCUUCCUUUCAUUGCUCGGCUCCCUAACUAAAGCUGCCGCAGAAGUUAGAUUAGUCACCAUGGAUGGUGUCGUAUACAGCUAUCAAGUUGUUACUUCUACUAUUAAACCAGCUACCACAUACGUGGAAACCAUUUACUACACAACAACUUAUGUUGAAGCGGUGACAUUAACUAAUCACGCUGUCACCUCUACUACUAGAGAAUCUGUUGUUACUUCGACAUUGUCAAGCACUUCUCUGUUACCAGAAACCACUGAAGAAUCAACACAAGAAGAUGAACAAACCACAGACUUCACUUCAACUACAGAUGUGGAAUCAACUACAGAUGUGACAUCAACCACCGCAGAGACGGCAACUUUAGAACCCACAACUUCAGAUGAAACAUAUACAACAGAAUUGACCCCAACUACAUCUGUCAAAACUACCUUGGAGAACGAUGAUUCAACCAGUGUUAUUACCACCAAAUCAACAUCAAAAGCCAAUACACAGUCAAUCUCCAGGAAAACAUCAACUUUAACCCCAACAGUGACUUCUGAAACAACAGAAUCAACUUCCGCUGAAACACUUUCAUCAACUGACAAAUCAACUAGCACUUCUUCCUCUUCAGUACUCGAACCAAUGGUGACGAAUACAGACUGUCAAGUAGUUUAUGAAUACACUGAUGAUGAUGAAUAUUAUUCAACAGUUGAAAUAUCGGGUACAGAAUCUGUGGAUGCGGCUACAACUUACACAAAGACAAGAACAGUUUAUGCAACUAUCUCAUCAUGA